UUGACAAUUCAGAUUCAUAUACAUUAAUUAGUCCAUGCUCAAAUUGCGAUCUAUCGAAAAUGCAUCAGCGUUCACUCAUAAAAGCAAACCUCGAAAAUUUUCGGAAGGUAGACGUAAAUGCAAAUGUAAUAAAGCUUAUUGAACACACAUUCGUUUGUAAAACUGUUUAAUGCGUUACGUACAUUUCUGUAUUUGCAUUUCAAUUUAAAAAAGAAAUUUUUCCUGACCCCCAAGAAUUGGGAUAUAAAGUGAAUUAUGGCCUUUUAUAGUCGACGAAACUUUAGAGCCCACGGCGGACACUUUAGGAUCGGACGAAUGGCUUGUUCCUUGUGCAAUCAUUACAUAAUGGGUAGCUCAGCGUACGUGAUCAUUUUGGGCCUCAUUGGGACCGUAGUUACGGCUUUUGACAUAAUACGCACGAUAAAUUACAAAAUUCCAAGGACAUCAUCACGGAACAAUCAAGAAAUGCCUUUUACCGUCGAAAGGGACUUGAAAUUGAUGAUGUCGAUUCUGGGAAUCGAACAUUAUACUUUAAUUAUGUUAGGCGCAAUUACAGAAUAUCCCAUGCUGCACACGCCAUGGUUGCUCAUGCAACUCUGUGUCAUCAUCGUGGAAAUCAUUGUCUUCUUCGUAAGAUUCUUCUUGGAUGGUUUGCACGUCAAACGUAAUGAAAUAUUGCAAGCAACGUUCACCUUGUUUAAUUGGUUACAAGUCUUCUGUCUUUUUCAUCAGCAAAUACGACGGGUUAUUUAGAGAGUCUCCGAUUUUUUAAUAAAUUAUACUUAUUAUUUAUAUUGUUUUAACAUUACAUACUAUGAAUUGUAUAAUAAUAAAAUUU